AUGGGUCGUCAUGCCAUCGCGGAGAAAUCCUUACAGGAUCAAAGAAACAUCCUACCAAUCGGUCAAUUACUGGUCGUCUUCAGUGGACUAGCAGUUUCUCUGUUAAUCUGCUUCAUCGAUCAAAAUGGCUUGAGUGUUGCUCUCCCCACUAUCAGCAAAGAGUUGCAUGCGCAAGAUACGAUUUCCUGGGCCGGAACAUCUUCACUCGUCGCGAAUGCCGUCUGCACCGUUCUCUACGGCCGAUUGUCCGAUAUAUUCGGCCGCAAAAGUGUUUAUAUCAGCGUUUUGAUUCUCCUGAGUAUUGCCGAUUUGCUUUGUGGUCUGGCUCAGAAUCCUCCCAUGCUAUAUGUCUUUCGUGCAUUGGCGGGUAUUGCUACCGGUGGUAUCACCAAUAUGACUAUGAUCAUUGUUAGUGAUGUCGUGACGCUGGAAGAUCGAGGCAAGUACCAAGGUAUUCUAGGUUCAUGCGUCGGCAUUGGCAAUGUGAUUGGCCCAUUCAUCGCAGCAGCUUUUGUGCAAAAUGCCUCGUGGAGAGAUAUCUUCUAUCUGCUUACUCCGUUGGCGGCCGUAAGUGCCAUCGUCGCCUGGUUUCUAUUGCCAAGUAAGAUGAGACCAGAGUCUAUGAAGAGUCAAGUGAAAAAGAUUGACUUUGCUGGUGUCAUUACCUCGACAAUUGCCAUUGUCUUCAUGUUGAUUCCCAUCUCUGGCGGUGGUCUGUAUUUUCAGUGGGAUUCUGCUCUAGUGAUUAGUUUGUUGGUUAUCGGGGGUUGCUCACUUGUGGCUUUCUUGUUUGUUCAAUGGAAGAUUGCUCUUCUUCCAAUGAUGCCUCUCUCUUUGUUCAAAAGUCCCGUCAUCACAACCUUGUUCUUCCAGAGUUUCCUUCUUGGAGCUGCAUACCAGUCUCUGCUAUAUUAUUUGCCAUUAUACAUCCAGAACGGACGUGGCUGGUCACCAAUUCAAUCUGCGAUAUGUUCGUUACCAAUGGUCUGUUUCCAGUCAACUUCAUCAAUCCUCUCUGGAUUGUACAUGUCACGGAUGAAUCGAUAUCUUGAGGUUAUCUUCACAGGGUUCUCUUUGUGGUGCCUUGGCAUUGGCUUGACACUGCUAUGGGAUGCAAACACACACAAAGGUCAAAUAUAUGGCAUACUUGUCCUCAUCGGUACCGGGAUAGGCUGCACUUUCCAGCCAACUCUAGUCGCUCUCCAAGCCCACAGUCCCGUGGCAAAAAGAGCUGUUGUGAUUUCCAUCCGUAACUUUUUCCGUUGCGCUGGUGGUGCAGUUGGUCUAGCCAUAUCGGCUGCAAUUUUGCAGGCUGUUCUCAAGAAGAACCUCCCAACUAAAUACCUAUACCUCACUCAUUCCACAUAUGCACUUCCCGAUAGAAGCAGUAUUCCAGCAGCAGAUUGGGACUCGAUUGUGAACGCUUAUGUCAAAGCGUCUCAUUCGGUCUUCAUCUUUCAAGUACCAUUAGUAGGGCUUUGUGUGCUCGCAUGCGUCUUCAUUCGGGACAAAGGAUUGCGAAAACAGGAGGAGUCAAAAAAGGAGGGUGUGACAGUGAAUGAAGGGCAAACAGCGUCUCAGGCCACGACACAAGUUGAUCCUGAGAUGACAGAGCAAGAGGAAGAUAAUCAGCACGAUCUUGAGAAUCGAUUAGAGAAGGAGGAGCACGAAAACGAUAAAGCUGAGCAAGCGUCAACCGUUUGA